CAUCCCAGUUGAACCCAUCGGGGGCUGCGUUAUCGAAGGCGCAGACGGAGGAGGCCAAGGGGAAAGCAACGGGGCAGGUGAUCGCGGGGCUGAAGCUACUAGAUGAGGCAUUCGGGAGACUGAGCAAAGGAAAAGGAUUCUUCGGAGGGGACGACAUCGGAUACGUUGACAUCGCCUUGGGGUGCUUCCUGGGGUGGCUGAAGGUGAUGGAGAAGACUAGUGGUGUGAAGUUCAUCGACGAGGAGAAGAUGCCUCUGCUUGCGAGGUGGGCGAAGAGGUUCUGCGCCCACGAGGCAGUGAAGGCGGUGAUGCCGGAGCCAGAGAGGUUAGAAGAGUUCGCUAGGAAGCGUGCCGCCGGUGCCAAAACUCCUCCGGCAAACUAAAAAACCUUAAAGA